UGCAUAAUUGUGGUAGGACACAUUAUUACUUUGUAUUAACUGGCCUAAAGGCAGCAUGUAGAGAUUGAACAGAAGGGGUCCCAGGAUUGACCCUUGGGGCACCCCACAGGUCAAGGCCAUGUGGUCUGAGACACAGUUACCAAUUUCAACAAAGUACUUCCUGUCUUCUAGAUAGGACUUCAACCAAUUUAGGGCAGUGCCAGAGAUGCCCACCCAGUCCUCUAGUCUCUGUGAAAGGAUCUCAUGAUCGACAGUGUCAAAAGCAGCACUCAGAUCUAGCAGGACUAAAACUGAGACUUUGCCUGCAUCAGUGUUCAGGCGGAUGUCAUUUGUCACCUUAAUAAGAGCGGUCUCAGUGCUGUGAUGGGGUCUAAAACCUGACUGGAAAACAUCAAAGGAGUUGUUCAUUAGGAGAAAGUCAGUAAGCUGUUGGUAAACAACUUUCUCAAGGACUUUGCCUAAAAAUGGCAGAUUUGAAAUGGGCCGGUAGUUGUUCAGUACUGUGGCAUCAAGACUGCUCUUCUUUAGGAGAGGCUUUAUGACCGCAGUUUUCAAGGCCUUUGGGAAUGUUCCAGAUUGUAGUGACAUGUUAACUAUGUGAGCGAGUGGUGGUAACAAACUGCUCAGCACAGACUUUAGAAAUCUAGUGGGUAACACAUCGAGGCAGCAUGUAGAUGAACUCAGACUGGUGAUGAUCUCUUGGACAGUUUUGUCAGUUACAGGUGCAAAAUGAGUCAGCUCUAAGUGUCUAGGUGGCUGCAGGGUUGUUAUUGGUGUUGUGGAAUUGAUGGCAUUUUUAAUGGUCUGAACCUUGUCGCAAAAGAAUACUGCAAACUCAUUACACUUAGAUGUGGAGAUCAGUUCCAACGGCAGUUGAGCUGGAGGGUUUGUUAAUCUGUUCACUGUUGCAAAUAAGACACGCGAGUUGUUACUGCAGUUUCCAAUAAUUUCAGAAAAGUACCUCUCCCUUGUUCUACGUAAGAUCUGGUUGAACACGUACAACUUUUCUUUAUAAAUUUCAUAAUGAACAUGAAGCUUUGACUUGCGCCAUUUCCGCUCGGCCCUCCGGCACUCCCUUUUCUGUGCCCUGACCGAGUCGUCAUUCCUCCAUGGCGCCUUCUGCUUAUUUUUAACCAUUUUAACCUUCACAGGGGCAAUGGUGUCCAGAACAUUCAAAACACUCGAAGUAACAGAGUUCAACAAAUCAUCAACAUUAGAACAUGAGGCAUUUUCAAAGUUUAUCAUUUCCAUGAACAGAGCACCUGUGCUGUUAUUUAUGUGUCUCCUCCGAACAACUGCAGGACCAGCCGGUGGUUUGGGAGAAACAGACAGGUCAAAGAAGACACAGAAAUGAUCAGACAGAGCAACAUCAACCACAUUGACGUUUGAAAUAUUAACCCCCUUUGUAAUGAGCAGGUCCAGAGUGUGCUGCGCUCUGCUGUGGGUGGGCUCACACACAUGCUGAGUCAGGCCAAAGGUUUCAAGGACAGCACUGAGCUCUUUAGCAUUUCUGUCACAGACAUUAUCCACAUGUACAUUAAAAUCACCUGUAAUGACCAAACCAUCAAAGUCUGUGCAUACAAUUGAAAGCAUCCUGGUAAAAUCAUCAAUAAAACUUUGACGGUGCUGGGGAGGCUUGUAUAUAACUACAUAGAGUAUGGACGGAGAUUGUUUUAGCUCCAUUUUAAAGGAUACAUACUCAAAUGAUGAAAACACCCCAAAUGACAACCUGUGCAUAACCAUAUGAUCUCUAAAUAUUGCACAGACACCUCCACCCUUUUUGUUUUCUCGUGUUUCAGAUUCAAAUUUGUAGUUGGGUGGAGCUGAUUCCGUUAGAACAGCAUUACCUGUGUUUUUGUCAAGCCAUGUUUCAGUUAAAAACAUAAAAUCAAGAUUAUACGAAGAGAUCAAAUUAUUAAUUAAAAAUGAUUUGUUAGACAAGGAUCUGACAUUAAGCACAGCAAGUUUCAGAUUAGUUUCAGUAGGACUGGACAUUAUCUUCUUACAAGGGAUAUGGAUUAAAUUUCUCUGAUUGGACAGUCUAACUGUCCUUCUGUAAUCUGGUCUAUGUGGUGUGGCUGUAGAUAUAGCACUAGGGGAGAAUAUUGUCUCACAGGGCCCCAGCUUGAUAUUACCUUUAUCAUGGCUGUAAGUCCUGGGACAGCAGAGGCCCUGUGCAUCCUAGCUCUUAGGGAUACCAGCUCUGGGGGCAGGCAGGGGAGGACGAGCAGGGGGAAGUUUGGGUGAUGGACCAGAUGAAAACCGAGAGGGAGGAGCUGGGGGAGCUUUAGUUUGUGAAGCAGGAGAGUUGAAGCUCCUGUGUGACUUGAGGGGCACAGUUUUAUACGGGGAAGAGUUCAGCAUAGUUGGUGAUAGAAGUCUUGACCUUGCUAUAUUAGGGGUGAGGGGAACCAUCUUAAUCCCUGAUUUGAUCAGGCUUUCAAGAUGGUUGGGAAGGCCCAUGGGGGAAGGUGGGGAUGAAAAGGAGAGGGAGAGGGACAAGUCUCUAGAGGGGGUAGAUGUGGCAGGGGGGGCCCAGGGCUGGUCUGUGGGUAGAGGAGGUGAUGGGGGUGCUGCCGGGUCUGAAACUUCUGCUGGGGCCGUCACAGACGAGUCCAAGGCCUGUGAUGAGGGCCCGGGGGGAGGUGGAACCGAUGGCGGGCCUGAAACCUUCGCUGGGGCCGUCACAGACGAGUCCAAGGCCUGUGAUGAGGGCCCGGGGGGAGGUGGAACCGAUGGCGGGCCUGAAACCUUCGCUGGGGCCGUCACAGACGAGUCCAAGGCCUGUGAUGAGGGCCCGGGGGGAGGUGGAACCGAUGGCGGGCCUGAAUCCUUCACUGGGGGCAGUGGAGGCUGUUGUGGUGCUGGAGCUGAAUCCUUCGCUGGGGGCGGUGGAGGCUGUUGUGGUGCAGCUGGUGCUGAAACACUGGCUCGGUCUCUGGCUUCUGCGACAGAGAUGCUUCUCUCGUUCCUCUUUUCUCUCACUGGUCGCUCAGGACCCUGUCCCGGCCCAUUCUGAUGCCUCAGAGCGUGGAGGAGGUGUUCCGUCAGCACUCUCCUCCCACCUCUGCACAGGUGUGGGCCCUUUCCCUUGAACAGGUCCUCUCGUUUCCAGAACAGAUAAAAGUUCUCAAUGUAGUGCAAUCCUCUGUGCGCACACUCUUUGGACAGCCAUGUGUUCAGCUGAAGCAGCCGGCUGAACUUGUUUAUCUUCCUGUCUAUGUUUGGAAGAGGUCCACUAAUGAAUGCCUUGACCUCCACUUUAUCAAGCUCCUUGAAGAACUUAGUGAAAUCCCUUUUCAAGACUUCAGUCUGUUCCUUUCUGAUGUCCACUGCACCCACGUGCACGAUCAGCUGUUUGACUCCUCGGUGUGUAGACAAAACUUUUGGGAGGAGUGUUGUUAUCUCAGAGACAGUGGCACUGGGACAGCAGCAUGUUUGAAUUCUUCCGUGGUUUAUGCCACUGAUAGCACCGUCUCCUAUCAGCAGCGUAUCUCUGACCUUGACGUUUGGUCCAGAUUGUCUGUCUGCCUGCUGUCUUUUGCCGACUUUAUGGCUCCAGUUUCGUGAAGAUAAUCCAUUUUCUCUUUGUUCGUUAGAAACAUUAAAUUCAGUCUCUGACAGUGGCAAAAAUCUGUUUGUAAGCUGUAUUUUGGGUGAUGUUACGUAGGUAUUAACAUUGUCUCUCAUCACUUUGUGCUGCUUUGGCUUAGCACCAAGUUCUCUCCAGGAUGAGGCAUUUUGGUCUUUACAGAAUUUUGGAAAAGACACAGUAUCACUCAGGUUUAAGAUGAAAGUAGCAGGUUUUUCACCCUUUUUACUGAAAGUAACUGUGGGCUUCUUACCACCGGAUGUCAC